CCAUUUUCUGUCUUCUCCUUCUCUCUCUCACACUCGCUCUCUCUCUAUCAACAUCAGAUUCUCUCUUCUCUCUCUAACGCCGAUGGUGUCAUCUCGGCCACGAACAAUCACGGCCAGCUGCUGAUGAUCCGUUUCUUCUCGAUCUCUCGAGGAAUCUGGUUUCAUCGGCAACUGCGCUCAUGAUUUUAUCCCUUAAAAUCAUACUGGCCUUUAACAUGUGAGCAACAGCAACCACCAGGAGUUGUCUUUGAUAGUAUAGUAUAACAAUGGAUGUCUAACAAAAGGGCCUCUUCUGCUGUGGAAGUGGAGUUCCUGAGUUACUAACUCUGCAUCAUAUUGACCAGAUUAUUCAAAUAUGGCUCAGAGUUGAUUCCCGCAUUCGUGAUUGGGAUCAUUUUCCAUUGGCUGGCCCUCUUUCCCAGAUCCCUAUAGUAUGGGUGAAUGACCUGUUGAGGUGAUAUACAGAUAUUGUAAGAAUAAGUCUCUACGAAAUGGCUUCCGUAGGUUUACCACCUACUACUGGUGCAAGAGAAUCCAGUGGGCACACCAUUGGUGUUGAUAGGUUGCCUGAGGAGAUGAAUGACAUGAAAAUCAGAGAUGAUAAGGAUAUGGAAGCAACUGUUGUUGAUGGUAAUGGUACUGAGACAGGUCAUAUAAUAGUGACAACUAUUGGUGGUCGAAAUGGUCAGCCAAAACAGACUAUAAGCUAUAUGGCUGAACGUAUUGUUGGGCAUGGAUCCUUUGGAGUAGUGUUUCAGGCAAAAUGCUUAGAGACUGGUGAAACUGUUGCUAUAAAAAAGGUUCUUCAGGACAAAAGAUAUAAGAAUAGAGAAUUACAAACUAUGCGCCUUCUUGACCACCCAAAUGUUGUAUCCUUGAAGCACUGCUUCUUUUCUACAACUGAUAAGGAUGAGCUAUAUCUUAAUCUGGUUCUCGAGUAUGUUCCGGAAACUGUUCACCGUGUUAUCAAGCACUACAACAAGUUGAAUCAAAGAAUCCCUUUGAUAUUUGUGAAGCUUUAUACAUAUCAGAUUUUCAGGGCAUUGUCUUACAUUCAUUGCAGUAUUGGAGUGUGUCACAGAGAUAUUAAGCCUCAGAACCUUUUGGUGAAUCCACAUACUCAUCAAGUUAAAUUAUGCGACUUUGGCAGUGCGAAAGUUCUGGUUAAAGGAGAGCCCAAUAUUUCUUACAUCUGCUCUAGAUACUAUAGAGCCCCAGAGCUUAUUUUUGGAGCAACGGAGUACACUACAGCCAUUGAUGUGUGGUCUGCUGGCUGUGUCCUAGCCGAGCUACUUAUUGGCCAGCCUUUGUUUCCUGGUGAAAGUGGAGUAGACCAGCUUGUUGAGAUCAUUAAGGUGUUGGGUACUCCUACCAGGGAAGAAAUUAAAUGCAUGAAUCCUAACUACACAGAGUUCAAAUUCCCACAAAUUAAAGCUCAUCCCUGGCACAAGAUAUUUCAUAAACGGAUGCCACCAGAAGCAGUUGACCUAGUUUCUAGACUGCUGCAAUACUCUCCAAAUUUACGCUGCUCUGCUUUGGAUGCCUUGACCCACCCAUUCUUCGAUGAGCUACGUGAUCCCAACAUUCGCCUCCCAAAUGGACGUUUUCUUCCACCAUUAUUCAACUUCAAGCCCCACGAGUUGAAGGGUGUGCCAACCGAGACCAUCGUGAAAUUGAUUCCAGAGCAUGCCAGGAAGCAAUGCCCCUUCCUGGGAUUAUGAGUUCCCGAAUUAUGACAGACAAAUAUGCCUUUGGAACUGAGCUUUUUAUUACUAUUCUGUCUGUAAUGAAUUGUUUGUAUUUGUAUUGUAUCCCCCGGCCUCUGUUGUACCUUAUUAUUAUCAUAUUAUUAUUAUUGUUGCGGUUGUUGUUGUUGUUGUUGUUAUUACUAUUAUUAUUAUUAUUAUUAUUAUUAUUAUAUCCUUGUUUUUGUAAAAGCAGAUGUAGGGAAAUGCUGUUUGACAAAAACCAAGCUUCAACUUGUGUACAAUGUAACAUGUCUCUGUAUGACCAAUACUUGUAAGUUGUAAACAUAAUAUGGGUUAGGGGGAACUACUA